AUGGGUGCAGCUAGAGAAGACGUUUGGCACGUGAUCAAAACUUAUUGGCCACUGUUGUUGGGAAAUGCCUUGGAGUGGUAUGAGUUCACGCUCUUCGGCUAUUUGUCGCCCUAUUUUCAGGUGAAUUUCUUCCAGGGCUCCGCCGUGGCUGCCUGGCUGGGCUUCGCCAUCACCUUCGUGGCCAGGCCCUUAGGCGGCGUGGUGCUGGGCUUGAUUGGUGAUGUCUUUGGCCGCAAGGUUGCAGCCUUCCCGUCCAUUUUUGGAAUGCUCUUGAGUACUGUACUUCAAGGGUGCCUUCCGACAUAUCAAAGUGGACCAGCAGCAGGCUUCCUGGGCCUUUGCCUGCUUGUGGUGUUGCGACUGCUUCAAGGCAUCUUUACCGGCGGAGAAAUUGCCACGGUGAGCACGUACAUCACUGAGGUGGGAAACCCACGUUCAUUGGCUAGCUCCCUAGUGAUGAUCCCAGCCACAGCCAGCUUGGGAAAUCUCUUGUCCCUUUUGGUGACCUUUUCCUUCGAGGGUGCCCUGGGGGAUGGGGCCAUGACCCAGUGGGGCUGGCGCUUGCCGUUCCUUCUGGCGCUGCUGCCUGGUAGCCUGGCCAUUUGGGGCCGGCGCAGGCUGGGUGAAACCGCCAUGUUUUUGGCAUCGGAGGCAGAGGAACAGCUGGAAACAGGAAAGGCCAAGAGGGCCAUGAUAAAGAUCUGGGAGUUGGUGGCAUCCUAUUGGCCGCAGGUGUUGAUUGGUUUUGGGGCAGUAGCUGCGCUGGCUGUCAAUCUCUAUGGAGGGAUGACCUGGGGCUUGGUCUCGCUGAAGAAACACGGCUUGUCCAUCGACUUUCGGACAGUCGCUGGAGCCACCAGCAAUUGUGUGGUAUUGCUUAUGGCACCAGUGGUUGGCUGCGUCGCAGACAAGCACGGAGCGGCAUGGACACAAUUUAUCACCGGCGUGGCAUUAGCUGCGGUUGGGAUGCCAUUAUUGAUCAGCAUUGAGGAGUCUGUUGAAAGCCCAUGGCUGGUUGUCUUGUUCUACGGCAUUGGCUUUGGAAUCUUACAAGCAUUCCUGAUGGUUCAUUCCUUACAGGUGGUUGAACUCUUUCCAGUGGAAGUGCGCACUGCAGGGAUGGGUCUCAGCUACAACGUCGGCUUUUGCCUCUUCGGUGGCUUUGCCCCGAUGGUCUUCGAGGCCGCGGAAUCUCUGGCGACCUGGAUGCCGCCCUUGCUGCUGUCGCUGGGAGGAGUUGUCACCGCAUCCACCACUCUGGUGAGUCUAUGGCUGCGUUCCAGAGGAAGAAUCCAACUGACACACGUGAGGCACACGCCCUAUUUUUAUUGUUGCGGCAAAGAACGAUUCUUGAACUUCCAGAUGCAAAAGAGUGAAGAAGAGAUCAAGGCGAUUGAAAAGAAACGAUCUGCCAUAGAAGGGUUUCAACCCGUGGUGGACAUUUGA